AUGCAGAAAUGGUCAGUUGGAGUUCGACCAAAGGAAUAUGAGACAAAGACUGUGGAGGAUGUAUACAAUACGGUAGAAGAAGUAGACACAAAGGAGUAUGAGGAUCCAGAUUACUUCUAUGAUGAGUUGGGAAGAGUCAGGAGAACAGAGAAGCGAAUGGCAAAAAAAGUUCCGAUGAUAGCCACACCUCCUCCGAUUCCACCCCCGAUGACACCCACUCAUAUUGCAAUUCAUAACCCAAAAAAUAGUACCUCAAAACGAUGGAAAAUUGCAUGCGUAUCAGCGACAGUAACCCUCCUCGCUGUAUUCAUUCUUGCUACGAUCCUCUCUUUCUUCUUUUUUGUUUCAUCGGCAAGCAGUUUUCAAAAAGAAUCCUAUGGAUUGCCUCGACCAUCAAUGGAAUCCAGUCUUCUCUCAAAACGUUCUGAUAUGGAAAUCACUCCGAAUCACCUUCUCACUCUUCUGAUUACGAAACGAAAAAUCUGUAUUUUGGAAGCGGCGAGUGGGGAUGAAAUGAAAAGUCGUGAUGCAUUCUCUCUGGAUCACAUUGAAUCAGCUCGUCUGAUCUUCCAUUCGAAUAUGAGCCAUGCUGGUGUACCAGUUCAUCCGCUUCAGUUUCAACGAUUCGCAAGAUCACAGGGAAUUGAUAAUGACUGUCAUAUAAUUGUUUAUGAUAGAGGACAAAUGAUAUGGAGUGCUUACACUGUCUGGAUAUUCAAACUAUUCGGCCAUCAGAAGGUAUCACUUCUGUCUGGUGGUUAUUUGGGAUGGAAGACUCAUCAGGCAAGAAGUGGACAGUAUAAAACAGAACAAGGGGAUGCUCCUGGCAAACCCAGACAAGGAGAUUUUUUGGCUUCAUGGAAUGAUUCAGUAAUUAUUACCUAUGACGAUGUCCUUCUGAACACCGAAAUUGACAAUUUCGACGUCGUGGAUGCACAGACAAAGGAGGAAUUCUUAGGAACAGCUCAAGGAGCGCUAUACGGACAUAUAAAAGGUGCCCGGAACAUUCCAGUAGACGCUGUCUAUGAUUGGGCGGUUGGUCAAUGGAAAGCCGCAGAUCAUCUCAAAGGAUUGUUCAACAACAAUGCGUUAUCUCUGAGAAAGCCUGUGAUAGUUUACUGUUCAACUUCUCUCCGCUCUGCAAUGGUUUGGUGGGCUCUGACACGGUCUGGAUACAACGGAAAAAUCUAUUUCGGAGGCUGGCCGGAAUGGGUCGUACGUGCUCCCGAUGGCUUGAAAGUGAUUGGAACAACAUCGGAGAGUUAA